AUAUGCGUCACGUUCGUGCGUGCAUGAGUAAAUCAGUGAACGAGGGACUAAAUGGACGGGGUGGGGAGUGGUGUGAACUGGCCCCCUGGGUCCCGCAGCCUGCCCUGCCAGGCAGAUUUCCCGACGCUGUGUGUGUUCUCAUCCUGCAGGAUGCGGGAGGCCCGGGGGCUGGAGGAUUCGGAGCCGGGCUGCGAGGCGCCGUGCGCGGUCUCCUGCCACGCGCAGCGCGUCCUGCAGACCCUCAACGCGUACCGGCGGAGCGGCACCCUCACCGACGUGGUGCUGCGCGCCGGCGGCCGCGACUUCCCGUGCCACCGCGCAGCGCUCAGCGCGGGUAGCGCCUACUUCCGUGGCCUGUUUGCGGCCGGCCGGCCGGAGCGUACGCUGGCCGUGGUGCCGGUGGUGCCAGAGGCGCGGGGCUCGGGGCCGGCGGGAGCGGCGACGGCGACGGCGACGGCGACGGCGGCGGCGCUGGCGGUGGUGCUUGACUACGUGUACGGCGCGGGCGUGCGGCUGCGCGCCGAGGACGAGGCGGCCGCCGUGCUGGCGCUGGCCGAGCGGCUGGGCGUGGCGGGCCUGCGCGAGGUGUGCGCGCGCUUCCUCGAGGGCCGCCUGCGCGCCGCCAACAGCCUGGCGCUGCGCCGCUUGGCCGCCGCCUUCUCGCUCGCCUCCCUGGCCGAGCGCUGCGGCCGCGUGCUGCGCCAGGCCUUCGCCGUGGCGCGCCACGCCGACUUCCUGGAGCUCACGCCGGACGAGGUGGCGGCGCUGCUGGCCGACCCCGCGCUGGGCGUGGCGCGCGAGGAGGCUGUGUUCGAGGCGGCCAUGCGCUGGGUGCGCCAUGACGCGCCGGCCCGCCGCGGGCAGCUGCGGCGCCUCCUGGAGCACGUGCGCCUGCCCCUGCUGGCGCCCGCCUACUUCCUGGAGAAGGUGGAGGCCGACGAGCUGCUGCAGGCCUGCGGCGAGUGCCGCCCGCUGCUGCUCGAGGCCCGCGCCUGCUUCAUCCUGGGUCGAGAGGCCGGCGCGCUGCGGGCCCGGCCGCGGAGAUUUAUGGACCUAGCUGAAGUGAUUGUGGUCAUUGGUGGUUGCGACCGCAAGGGUCUCCUGAAGCUGCCUUUCGCUGAUGCCUACCAUCCAGAAAGCCAGCGCUGGACUCCACUGCCCAGCCUGCCUGGCUACACCCGCUCAGAGUUUGCGGCCUGUGCUCUUCGAAAUGACAUCUACGUUUCUGGAGGCCACAUCAACAGUCGUGACGUGUGGAUGUUUAGCUCCCAUCUGCACACCUGGAUCAAGGUAGCCUCGCUGCACAAGGGCAGGUGGAGGCACAAGAUGGCAGCAAUGCAGGGGCAGCUGUUUGUGGUGGGCGGUUUCGAUGGCCUCUGCCGUCUGCACAGCGUGGAGCGUUAUGACCCCUUCUCCAACACCUGGGCUGCCGCUGCUCCCCUACUGGAGGCUGUGAGCUCUGCCGCAGUGGCGCCCUGCGCUGGCCAGCUCUACGUGAUCGGGGGUGCCGGGAAGGAUGGUCUCAAUACCGACAAGGUGCAGUGCUUUGAUCCCAAGGAGGAUCAUUGGAGCCUGCGGUCACCAGCACCCUUCUCACAGCGAUGUCUCGAGGCUGUCUGCCUUGAGGACACCAUCUAUGUCUUGGGGGGCCUCAUGAGCAAAAUCUUCACCUAUGACCCUAGCACAGAUGUCUGGAGGGAGGCAGCUGUCCUCCCCAGCCCUGUGGAGAGCUGUGGCGUAACAGUGUGCGAUGGAAAGGUCCACAUCCUUGGGGGGAGGGAUGAUCAUGGGGAGAGCACUGAUAGGGUCUUCACCUUUGACCCCAGCAGUGGACAAGUGGAGGCCCAGCCAUCCCUGCAGCGCUGCACCAGCUCCCAUGGCUGUGUCACCAUUAUUCAGAGCCUGGUCAAGUGACUCAGACUGAGACUGCCUGAGCCAGGAGGCAGAAGGGCAGGGGGAGAACUCUGGCACACCUCUCUGCUCUCCUCCUGGAACCUUUAUAUGAACAGCCUCAUAAAUUACUGCCCCAUUUUCUUGCACAAAUAAAACCUCAUUCAAAGGUUGGGUCUAUGCUCCAGCUCAAAUCAACUUUGUCUAGAGGAGGUAUCCCGAGUAUCUGCUUCCUGCUUUUAUUGUUUACAGGGCACUGUCACACAAUCUUAGUCCAUUUGGGCACUACAACUAUUUAUUUUUCAGUUUUGGAUCUAGGCACAGCAGAUUCAGCAUCUGGUGAGGGCUCUGCUUUGUAGAUGGCAUUUUCUUACUCUAUCUCCACCUGGUGAAGGCAGCAAGGCAACUCUUUCAUGAAAAGUUUCAACCUCUCAUAAGGGCACUAAUCCCAAAUGAUUUAAUCACUUUCCCCCUCUUAAUA